GCGUCAAUCAUGAUCAUCAGUACAGUACCCCAUGUGACUCUCUGCCCUUUCUCAUUUCUCUGUGUUCCCACAAAUCUCCAAAGUUCCGUUCUUUAGUUAGAUGUAAUCAACCUUUAAGGGUUAGCUGAUUCUGACAGUCACUAUGAAUGUUGUGUCUGUGUCUCGGCGGUGUUGAUUUGUUGUUUUCAAUACUGGAAUCCAAAAUGGCGGGGGUGGGGUGGGGUGGAGUGGCCUCCUUUUGCAGUCACCAGUUGAACUCUAUUUCAGCUUUAUCUCCUACUGGGUCGAUCCGGCAUCCCAUAAAGCUUAUCCUAGGAGAAGGAGAAGAGAAUUUGGGUCCAUGGAAGAAUGAAGUCACAAAAGUGGCUCCAGCACCAGGCCCUGGAAAUGAGGAUACUCUUAUUUUGGCGGCAAACAGGACCAAAAGGGCUGACAUUCUACGAGGAUUUCGACGUUAUCGAGGUGGUUGGGAUAUUGCAAAUCAGCAUUAUUGGGCCUCAGUUGGAUUCAGUGGUGCAGCUGGUUUCAUUCUUGCCGCCCUAUGGUUUAUCUCAUUUGGCUUGGCGCUUGUGAUUCAUCUAUGCUGUGGAUGGGGAAUUAACAUCAAGGAUAAGGGAUCAAAUCAUUCACAAAGGAUUUGUCUUAUCCUUCUUAUAUUAUUCACCUUUGCUGCAGCGACUGGAUGUAUCCUCCUUUCUGUUGGGCAGGAUAAGUUCCAUGCUGAGGCGUUGGAUACCCUCCAUUAUUUUGUCAAUCAGUCAGAUUUUACUGUGCAGACUCUAAGAAAUGUCACAGAGUAUCUCUCCCUUGCAAAAACUAUCAAUGUCACUCAGAUGCUUCUUCCAUCCGAUGUCAUGGAUGAUAUUGACAAGUUGAAUGUGGAUCUAAAUAAUGCAGCGGAUACACUUUCCGAGAAGACAAAUGAAAAUUCGGUUAAAAUUAGAAGAGUAUUCAAUGAUGUGCGUCUUGCUUUGUUUGUUGUGGCGGCAGUGAUGCUUCUCCUGGCUCUAAUUGGACUACUCCUGUCUGUCCUUGGAUAUCAACAUGCGAUCCUCAUAUUUGUUAUCACUGGAUGGUUACUGGUUGCAACCACAUUCAUUCUUUGUGGAGUGUUCAUGAUCCUUAAUAAUGCAAUUUCUGAUACCUGUAUGGCUAUGGGAGAAUGGGUAGCAAAUCCACGAACAGAAUCUGCUCUUAGUGAUGUCCUUCCAUGUGUUGAUCAGAGAACAACAAACAAAACACUUUUUCAAAGCAAACAAGUGGUCACCAAUAUUGCAAGUGUUGUUAAUCGGUUCAUCUAUAACAGUGCAAACACAAAUGCAACACAAGGUAGUCUGGGUUACUACAAUCAGUCUGGGCCUGCAAUGCCUCCUUUAUGCUAUCCCUUUGACUCUCAGUUUCAAGAGCGCCAGUGUACAGCUCAAGAAGUCUCUUCUGCCAAUGCUUCCAUGGUUUGGAAGAACUAUGAAUGUGAGUUAUCUGAAUCUGGUAUUUGCACCACAGUUGGCAGGGUAACUCCAGAGAUUUACUUGCAGUUAGUAGCUGCGGUUAACGAAAGCUAUGCAUUAGAACAUUAUACUCCACUUUUACUUAGCCUUCAGAAUUGCAAUUUUGUCAGGGAUGCGUUCACGGGAAUCACUUCAAGUUACUGUCCUCCAUUAAACCAUUACCUUAAGAUUAUCAAUGUAGGAUUGGGCCUCAUCUCAGUUGGUGUUUUGCUCUGCCUUGUUCUUUGGAUACUCUAUGCAAACCGCCCCCAAAGGGGAGAGGUGUUUGUGAAGCUAUCCUUAUCAGAAAAAAUAAAGAACAGGUUUAACAAGAACAACAGUACAAAUUUAUCAUUGUCAAAUGCAGAUAGUGAAGUGUAGUAUGUACAAUAGAAAGUCGAUAUAAAGUAGACUAUUAUACUGUACCCCAUAUUACGGGAAGAAACAAAGUGGGAGCGAAACUGCUGCUUCUGUUCGAAGAGGAUAGCCAAAGCUAGUGUACUAUACAUUUUGUCCAUAUAAAUAA